AUGAGCCGCGAAAUAGCGUUCGUUAUAGACAUCGGCUUUGAAUGCCUUCUUACAUCCCGCGGUUGUUCAAUGUCAUAUAUCGAACAGUUCAUUCAGUUCUUGAAAGAUUUCGAAAAGAAUGCUGCAGAGGAACCAGAUUAUUAUGAUCGGCUUCAUUUGUUCACUUCUGAAAAGGAAUAUACAGAUAAAACUCGUAAUUUCAAACAGGCAGUUGAGGAGUUCGAGAAACGGGAUCACUCCAGUGUCAUGGAUUUACCAACUUUGUUCGAGUUUAUGAACUGCAAAGACUACCAGCAAGUAUUUUUAAUCACUGCGAUCAGCAACCUUGAUGAAUACAAGUACGCUUAUAAGGAUCUCAAGCUCAUUUACAUAUUGUUUGCUCCCGAGCUACGCGUUCGACUGAAAACGACUUACCAAUCAAAAAUUCCUGAUAACUUUAUUUUUUUGACCGAGGAAGCCAUUACAACUAUCGCACAUCACGUCCAUGUAAGAUUAAUGGCCACUAAUUACGUGCUUCUGAAGUCGUUUAUGUGCGUUGCUGGAAAUUUGAUUCAUGAGAUGGGUGAAGAAAUCGUUGUGAAGGAAAUCGUCUGCGACAAAUUUUUUACACUCCCAGAUGUUGAUAAUUUGGAAGUCAAAUGUAUGCAAUGGUUCAUGCCAGCUGAAGAAAGAAAUCGAAUUACUGUAUCAAUUAUCGAAAAGUAUCCGGAAUUCAAUUGGGGCUUUACUGAUACUCGAAAGGAGAUGGAAUCACGAGAAGAAGACUACCAAAUAUUCAAUUACGAUUACUUCAUCGAUAUGUUGACCGUGGAAAAUGAAGAUAAUGACCGUUAUGGAGUACUUGGCUACUGUAUUACCAAUAAAGGCGAAAAGCUUUUAGCUGCUGUCCGAGCUGUCGAUCUCAACGGUUGGAAUAUUCAGGAAGAAGAUGAAGUCAAAACAGAUGACAAAUCUGAUGAUGGAAACACUGAUUAUGAAGACAAAGAAGCUAACAAAGAAAAUGUCAGCGAGUAUAAAAACAACGACGAUGAGAGACCUGAGCCAGAUGAAACGGAGGAUGAAGUAAUGGAAGAAGGAGACAAUGAAGGUGGAAGCGAGGAUAAGCAACAGGAAGGUGCAAAGCUUGAGGCUGAGACUAAACAAAUUGAUGAAAACCAAAAACCCGAGCUUCAUAUUGAAAUUCCCGAAGAAGAGGGAGACGUGAUUGAGUUUAUUGAUAUGGAGGAGGAAGAGAACAUUGUCGAAUACCUACCUGAAAUGAAUCCGAGAGAUAUUUACUGGAACGAUGAGCACUCAUUAAGCUUAAUGUUCUACAAGUUGCAACGAUCUCUGCGUAAACUUCCUGAGCGGAUGCCAUUAUACCGAACGCUAAUCGAUAAUUUGUCAACUUUGGCGUUAGUCGUUCAAAAUCCAAGCUACGCUUACGCAUUUGCCAGAUUUCUGCGUGCAGAAGGGCGCUAUAUUAGCCCAUUGGCAAAUAGCGUUACUGAAGACGCAGCGCGACACUUCGAAUUGCUUGCAAGAAAACUUAUUCUUAGACAUGGACUUAAAUAA